AACAACAAUAAAUCAAAAAAUUUAUAAAUAUACAAAAAAUUAAAAACCAAAUAAAUCAAAUUUUAAUAAAAACAAAAACUUUUGCUGUAACCAAAAAGAAGGAGAAAAACGUCUCUCUCAUCGCUCAAAGAGAAUAAACACCGACAAGAUGUGUCAAAAAUGCUGACAUUUAACAGCUGUUAUCGGACAUUUUAAACAAUGUUUAAUCAUUUUUUCGUGUUCUUUGUUGUUUUUUUGUCUUUCCGUUUGUCGUAACAACCUAACAACCAUGGAAAUCUAUUAAAGUGUUGAAAAUCUAAAAAAUAAAAUUUAUAAUUAAAAAAACAACAACGAAACCACACACUUUAAUUUCUACUAAAUUAACAACAGCUAAGGAUUUGUAUUGAAUUUCAUGAAGUUUCAGUUUGAUUGAUAACAAAUGAAUGAAAAUAUGGCAUUAAUACAACGAAAUAUAUUUGUCAUUUUACUGCUGUUACUACAACUGAGUCGUCUGGGAGGCGGCAUGAAAGUUUCAUUCUUUGGCGAUGGUUAUAUAUCGAUGCCACUGCAGGAGGCAAAAAUGUCUACAAAUAUUCGUGUUAAAUUUCGCACACAUCAAGAGAAUUCAUUUGUGUUUAUGGCGCAUGGUCGUACCGAUUACUGUCUAAUGCGUUUGGAGGCUGGAGCCAUUAGUUUCACCUACAAAAUAGAACGCAAUGUGGUGCAGUUGCGUUCACCUAAAAAACAGAAGCUUAAUGAUCUCGAUUGGCAUGAUGUGGCCGUACAGCGUUAUGAAAAUAAUAUUACUUUACAAGUUGAUGGCAAUAUAAUAAGGAAAACAUUACCGCCAGAGAUGGGUGCUUUAAAUGUUCACUUUGGUACAUUUUUAGGUGGACCUGGAGAAUAUUCACCCGAAUUUAUUAGUGAUCUAGGUAGUUUUCGUGGUUGUAUAUCGGAUGUAUUUUACAAUAACAUCAAUGUCAUAAAAGAGGCCAAAGAAGGUACAGGUCAUACCGACAGCAAGAGAGUAUCAUGGACCUGUAGCACUGAGUUUGAGGGGACAGUUAAGGAUAGUAUAAGUUUUCUGAAUAGUGAUUCCUAUGCUCUCAUGUCUAAAGAUUCACAGGCAACAGGAGAAACAUUAUUUUUAAAAUUUCGCACUAUGGAAGAGACUGGUGUAAUCUUUUACAAUGGCGGUUUUGAUUUUGUUUUGCUGGAAAUUGAAAAUAAACAAUUAAAUUUCAAUUUUAAUAAAGAAGGCAGUUUAAUUAAACUAAUAGCCAAUGAGACGGUCUCCGAUGGCCGAUGGCAUAAAUUGAUUUUGCGGUAUAAUGCCGUAAUGGCAGAAAUGAUUUUGGAUGAUAAAAUGUAUCGUGGCACACAUGAUAAUGACACUAAAGCUACUAUAAAUUUAGAGAAAAGUGUUUUCAUCGGUGGUGUGCAGGAGGAUAUGCGUAGACGUUUGUGGCACAAGGGUUUGCGCAUCAAUGAUCACAGUUUUAUGGGUUGUAUGAAAGAUAUUCAGAUAAAUAAUUUGGAUUUGGGCUUUCCACAAAUGAAUAAAUCACAGCAUUUGGCCUUGAACUGUAUAUGGAAAUAUCCGUGUGUGGAGUAUGAACCCUGUCUUAAGAGUGGCUAUUGUAAUCAGUAUGGAGUGGAUGAGUUUAUAUGCUACUGCGAUCAGUCGUAUUGUAUUAAGGCCGAUUUUCAGGGACCUUAUAAGAUUUUCACGGAAAUCAGUCCCACUGUGGAGUUAUUAUAUGUCUCUCCCGUAGAACUGUUGGAAGGCGGCACUGUUUUUCUUUCACCUCACUUUCUGGACGUUCUUUUGGAUACCCGUAAAACUUCGGGUAUUUCUGAUUCAUCCAUAGUUUUCCAUGUGGUGCAACAGCCUCGCUAUGGUCAAUUGUUGCAAUUCUCUCCCGAGAAAAAUAACUUCGUUACUUGUCGCACUUUCAAUAUGGUAGACUUAUCCACCGAUAAGGUUAAAUAUGUACACAAUGGUAUGGAAAAUUUCAAUGAUCAUGCCACCCUAGACAUGCAAAUCUAUGGCGAUAUACACAAAGUUCCUGAGAACCUUUUAGGCAAACACCGUUUUAUGCUACAUGCAAAUAUCACUCCGAUCAAUGAUCCGCCCCAGCUGAAAGUACCAUCCAAUAAAAUUCUUCGAGUUAUAGAAGGUAUAGAAAAGAGCUUGGAUGUAGAUUUGUUUAACAUACAAGAUCCCGAUAGUCCUGCUAAUGUUCUGGUCUAUACCAUUUUACCCUCAACAAAUCCUCAAGAGGCUUUUGGACGUUUUAUGGUAAAUGGCCAAUCGACCAUGACAUUUUCCCAAGCCGAUGUCAACAUGGGUAAAGUCACAUUUCUAUAUAAUGCCACAACUUCGGAAACCUUUAGUUACAAAUUGCUAAUGCAAGUAUCGGAUGGUAUUGAAACUAGUGAUACCGUGUUCCUUUCCGUUUCCGUACAUCCAAUGGAAUUGGGGUUGGUUAACAAUACCGGCCUCAUAAUGAUACACAAAUCUUCAUUAUUGAUAACACCCUCGAAUUUAUCCAUUGGCACUACAACAGUUGUAGAAAAUAUUGAUAUCCGCUAUGAUAUAGUAAAGCCACCUCAGUAUGGUUCCAUUCAACGGCUGAGACAGGUAGAUGCCACCUGGGUUAAUGUCGACUGGUUUAGUGAUAGUCAAAUGUUGUUGGGUCACAUACGUUACGUGCACAAUCAUGAUUUGCCUUGGCAAGAUGAAUUUAAGUUUAUUGCCUCGUAUGGUUUCAUUACUACCCAGACAUUUGAUUUUCGCAUUAUUUUUACACGCCUACGCAUUAAUUCUCGCAAACCUUCUAUAAUUGCGAUAAAUGGAUCCCGAGAAUUUAUAUUGACGAGCGAUGUGUCCUACGAAACGGUGCCAAUUGAGACGUUUCCUCGUAAUAUUAUUUAUAAAAUUUCGAAUCCUACGAAAUAUGGCAACAUUUAUGUGGAAGGGUCAAGGAAAUUUGCAAAGGAAAUGGACUCUUUUACCCAACUUGACAUCGAUAAAAAUCGCAUACGCUAUAAAACUCAUCACAAUUCCUAUUCCAGUUUCUCCGAUUAUCUCGAAUUUAUUGUCUCUGUAGCUGAGUGUGAUGAUGUAGUGGGUCAAUUGAAAAUCAUGUUUACACCUUUGGAGGAGUUAACCAGUAAAAUGUCGUAUCAAACACCCGAAAUACUUCAUGUUCAAGAAGGUGAUAGAGCAUUAAUAACAAAAAAUCAUUUUGAAAUACGUUUCAAUAUCUAUGAAAGUCUUAAAUUCCUCGUGACCAAUAAACCGGAACAUGGUACUCUGUGUCGUUACGAUGAGCGUGAUAUGAAACUUUUAACCAUAACAGAGUUUACUUUGGAACAAUUGUUUUUGAAUGAAAUUUACUAUUGUCAUGACGACACCGAGUCCACAGAUGAUUCGUUUGAUCUGUUGAUCUUAUCCAGUGAUGAUACGGAUUUGCAGUUUGUUUCUAACAUUGAGGUUCGCAUUAAAUUGAAUAAUGAUAAUCCUCCGUAUCGUACUAUGGAGCGUAUUUUCCAUGUUAUGCGUGGUGGCAUACGUACUUUAAAUACAGAGGUUUUGCAGUAUUUGGAUGCUGAUGUUAACACCAAUAGUUCAGAUAUUCAUUAUAUCCAUAUAUCCUGUACAAAUGGUGCCUUUUAUAAGUCGGGUCAUUUUGUGGAUAGUUUUACCCAAGAUGAUAUUGCCAAUCGUCGCAUUAUGUUUCAACAUAGUGGUGCUGAUGUGGGUACAGCUUCGUUUAUUGUUACCGAUCGCCAGCAUGAAGUUAAUGGUCUGUUGGAGAUACAUGCUUCCGAUGCUUUUGUUUCUAUGCUGCCCACUAAUGCCACCAUAGUGCAGGAGGGUAAAUUUGUUAUUUUACGCAAUAAAGAUUUUAUAUUGGAAACAAAUUUGGAUAUGAAAUUGGAUGAGAUUUACUAUGAGGUUACUAAGCCGGCCUAUGGUAUCGUUAAGUAUUUGGGUAGACCACGGGCAACAGAAGAUGGUUCUUCAUCUUCUACUUUACAUUAUAAGUCCUCGAAUUUGACUUCUUUGAAUAAUUUUACACAUUUGGAUAUUGAGAGGGACCGUUUGGUGUAUUGGAAUACCGAACCCGCUACCAUGGAUAAAGUGAGGUAUCGAGUUCAUAUUAAGAAUAUCACAGCCGAGGGUGAGGUUAUGUUUCGUAUAUAUCCUUCAGCUUAUUGGGAAUCUUUGCAAGUAAAGAAGAAUCAAACUUUGUAUGUGGAAGAGUCAACAAGUGUUUUGAUAUCGAGAGAUAUUUUAGAGGUCGUUCACCCCAACAUCUCUCCCGGAGACAUAACCUUCCUGGUAACCUCUUCUCCCCUACAUGGCUACUUGGAAAUGCAAUCUAUGUCUUUCGAUGAUGAAUACAACUGCAAGGUAUUCGAUCAAUUGGCCAUAAAUACGGAAAAAAUGUUCUACAUACAGGCGGGAGUAAAUCAAUCUACCGAUUAUUUCGUUUUCGAUGUUACCAACGGCAUAACAUGGCUAAGGAAUCUAAUGCUACGCAUUGUUAUCAUACCCGAAAAGUUAUAUAUGCAUUCGAAUGUUAUAUCUGUGGUAGAGGGUAAGACGGUACAGUUAAGUGCCUCCGAUAUACAACCAUUUUCCGAAUACUAUAGAGGCAAAAUAUUGGAAUAUAUUAUAACUAUAAAUCCUACAUCGGGUUAUAUAAUGGCUGCCAAUUCAAAGGUAAAAAGAUUUACACAAAAACAACUGGAUCAGGGAUCCAUUCAAUACAUACACAAUGGCAGUGAAAAUUCCACCGAUACCAUGACUAUCAUAGCAACGGCACGCAAUAAGGAAAGUGAACCUUUUGAAUUGGAAUUUUCCAUAAUUCCAGUAAAUGAUGAACUGCCCAUGGUAGUUACAAAUACCGGGUUGCAAGUGUGGAAUGGAGGAAGAUAUGUCAUACGUUAUACGGAUUUAAUGGCUCGAGAUUAUGAUACACCCGCUGAAAAUCUUACAUUUAUUAUACAUCACAUCUAUGGUGGUUAUUUAGCUUAUAAAACGGCCCCAGAAAGAAAACUUGAAGCCUUUACCCAGAAUGAUAUAAACAAUGAACAGAUUUAUUUUAUACACGACUCCAAUUCUCGGCGUAAUGAAAUGUCUUUUAUUGUCACCGAUGGUUUAUUCAACACCACCGAGCAAUUGCUUAAUAUCGCCAUUAAACCCAUAGAAAUUAUCGAGGAUCGUAAUGAGAAUUUACAUGUUUUUCCUUUGACUAAAAAACAAAUCUUACGUGAUCAUUUGUUCUUCAAAUGUUCCGAUGAGGAGAGAGAAAUACGUUAUAAUAUUACGGUACCACCUAGUUUGGGUCGUAUUAUUAAUGAGGACAUGGAAACGGAAACGGGUUCAGCUCGAGAAGUUUCCGAGUUUACCCAAGAUGAUAUAGAUAAUGGUCGUAUAUUCUAUGAACAUACAGCAGUUAUUAUAGAAUUUCGCAUAAAUGAUUCGUUUUAUUUUGAUGUUAUUGCCGAGCGUAGCGAUCGUUUGUUGGAUCAGAAAUUUAAUAUUGAAAUAUCGGUGUCUUCAGGAGGUUUGCUGAGAUUUUUACCGGUCUCCAAAUUGACCGUAGAUGAGGGCGGUUCGGUGCCUAUAAAAUUGGAUUUUUCCAAAAUGUUGGAAUAUUUGAAGACUCGGGCGGGUUUGAAUAAUCCCGAAUUGUAUAUAGAGGCUUUUCAGAAACCCAGUCAUGGCUCUAUAGGUUUGGGCCAUGAAUUUAGACCCCUGCAAAAGUUUCAUCCUAGUGAUUUCUUUACCAAGAAGGUGUAUUAUAUACACGAUCAUAGCGAUACUUUGGAGGAUACGAUUUUGAUGUCGGUGUACUUGGAACAGGGCAAUAUUUUCCUGUGUAAUCUCACCAUUCCUGUCUCCAUAAAUCCAAUUAAUGAUCAAAUCUUUAAGCUGGUAACACACUCCCCCCAAAUGACUGUAGUGGAGGGAGAAAAUCGCACUAUUACGCGCAAUGUGCUCUUAACCGAAGACAAAGACACUCCGCCUGAAGAAAUUAUCUAUGAUGUUAUGAGUGGCCCCACCUUGGGAGUUUUAAAGAAACUCUCUAAAGAUGGCGAGGCCGAGGAAUUACUGGCCUAUUCCAAUCAAUUUACCCAGGCAGAUAUUAACAAUGAUCGCAUAGUCUAUGUACAUUUUGGAACACCCCAGUCCACUACUUUCUGUUUUACCGUAUCCGAUGGUAAAUUCAAUCCAGCCUAUGAGGUCUUUACCAUCAAAAUAGCUCCCAUUUCUUUGUUGCCGGCCGAUCAACAAACCCCUGUAGAAGUGCAACAGGGUUCUACUACAGCGGUAAUGAAAUUGGAUCAUAUUGGUUUGAGAACCAAUGUUCAACCGGUACGAUUAGCCUAUAACAUAACCAAUUCUCCUUUGUAUGGCAUAAUAGUGCUAAAACAUCAGCCCACUUUGAGGUUUAAUCAACAUCUUUUGGAAACGGGCCAGAUCAAUUAUAUGCAAACCGAUUUGAAUAGAUCAAAUGAUACUUUUCAGGUAUCAGCUUAUGUUCCGGGCACCAAUUAUGCUGCCACUAUAGAUGUUUUAGUGCAAGUGGAACCGGUUAUCAAAAUUACCGAUAUAUCCAUGAAGGGUGUAAAGGAGGGAGAAAAGAUACGUUUGAUGUCUUUAUUGGUGGCCGAUAAUCCUUUAUCGUUGAAACUAAAUAAAUUUAAUCCGAAAUUUUUAAUAACCAAACUGCCCACUACGGGACAAAUAAGAAAAAUUAUACGUAGCACCGGGCUGGCAGCAGAUAGUCCCAAUGAAAGACCUACAAAUACUUUCUCCUAUAAGGAAUUAAGAAGUGGCGUAGUGUAUUUUAUACCUUACGAAACGGUGGAGGCAACUGUACAAGAUGUGGAUAGAUUUGAUUAUCAAUUACAUAUAAAAACAGUACAGCCGGCUCAGGCCUCAGUGAAAAUUGUCUAUCGGCAAGCUUUGGAAGAUAAUGGCACGGUUACUAAGGCCGCCACCGAUUUCUCUUUAAAUUAUGUAGCCAUUAUUUGUGCUCUCAUUAUAUUGCUCAUGUGUAUUUUGAUUAUAAUGCUGAUAUUAAAAUUCCGUUAUUUGAAACGCCACAAGGCAAAUAUAUCCAAAGAUCAACCGCCCUCUUUACCCUGCCCACCAGAUCUAACUUCAGUUUCACCUCAGCAUCAUCUAACACAUCAUCAUACGCAUCAUUAUGCCAGCUCAGAGGCUGACUCAGUGCCCGUUACUGGUAACUCAACACCUUUACCUGGUUUUAGUAAUAUACCUCACUGUAAAAUUAUACCAGUUGAAUCGUAUAAACACGACUAUCCAGACUAUGAUCCCGAUGAAGAUGAAACCGAUGAUCCCUGUGAUGCCCAACAAAUGAUGCUGCCACAACGCUAUAAUCCCUAUCAAUUGGAAAAUGACACUUGGAGUUCUUCCUGUGAUAUGGCAAAUGAUUUUGGUGGUUACUCUAGUGUACCGCAGAGUACAGGGCAAGCGGCAUCAGCCACACCGCCUUCGGCGCCGCCUAGUAAUCCCUUGCUAAGGCGUAAUCAGUAUUGGGUCUGAGCAUCACUAAUGUUUGUAGGUUUAAGUCACAUUGUUCUUUUUUUUCUUCUGUUCGUGCUAAUUAGUGCUUUAAAAGUGCCUUUUUAAAACAUUUACAAAUAAGUACUCAUUUAAAACAAAAAAAAAAAAAAAAUACUUAAUUUAUUAAUUUUCACUUAAUUUUGUUUAAAUAAUCUUAAGAGUUUUUUCAACACAUUUUAAUAUUAAACGCAAUUCGUAUUGUUUUAAAUUUAAGCCAAAUUUGCCAGUGUUGUAUGUUUUAUUUAAGAGGUUUCUUUUUGUAAAAUAAUCUAACUUUAAGUUUAAAUAAUAAUUUUAAUUGCAUUUCUAUAAGUAAUUAUUUAACAGAAAUUCUGUUUAAAUUGCCAUUUCUUCAUGUUGCCAUAAUUUAAAUUCUAUUCAUUUAAGUGGGGGAAAAAUGUUAUAUCAUUAGAUAUAAAAUAACCUAAAUUAUUGUAUUUAUAAUGUUUUAAUAACCAGAUUUUUUUCAUUGGGUUAUAUG